AUUAUUAUCACUCGGACGGGAAUUCAUUUUCACGUUGUCUUUCGCGCGCGCUGCUGCCGGGUCCGUCGUUCGGCUUCCGAUGUACGCCGGUUAGAUCUGUUAGAACUUCCCGAUCGCCGUACAGUGAACUCCAUCGUCGGCGUGUCACAUUUACCCUGUCUUUUCUUUUUCCAUUUCUCCCUCAGAGAAAUAUAAUGGCUAACGCAGUGCGCAAGAUUUGCACGAAAAUUGGAAACGGCCAUCACUAUCUGAUGGGCACGACGGUCAAAACGGCGUACAGCGGCUCUCUGAUCUCGGACACCGUUCAACAGCACCCGACCAAAUCACAGCAGUCGUACCUCACUCGUUUUCAGGUCGAAAUUAUGUACAAACCAAAUAUCGACAGCAUGUUCCGUCCUUCACAGUCGUUGUUCUCCAUUGGAUAUUCUGUCCACAAUAAACAGUACGUAACAGCCGCAGUUGAACGGUUCAACAGACAUGACAAACACACUUAUUACAGCAAUAAUCGUAUUCCUCUGACUCGCUCAAACAGUAUACUCACAAAGUCUAGUGGUUCUAGGAAACCUGACGAAUUAGUUGAAAAGGGGCUGCCAAAUGCAGAUCAACUAAAUCAUGUAUAUACUAGAUUGGGAGAGGAUCUACCUUUGAUGUUUAAAAAAAGUUUGGAUUAUAGUCUGUACCAUCCUAGACUAGUAUUUGAGAACAAUAUCAGAGGAACAAAGAGUGUGGGAGUGGAAUACUUCAUGUCUAUGAUAUCUAUAUUACGUUUGAUGGGCCAUUUAAAAUAUGCUUUCGUUAAGUUUGAUAUACUAAAAAUAACUAAACAUCCAGAAGAUGGAACGAUUAAAAUCCGUUGGAGAAUCAAAGGUAUAUCAGGGAUGAAAGUAUUCUUUAAGUUUUGGAAAUUCAGUUUGUUCAACUUGGAACAAGUUAUUAAAGAAAAUGUUGAAUCGUGGCAUGAUGGAUUUUCAAUAUUUUAUUUGGGAUCGGAUGGUAAGAUUCACAAACUUACUGCUGAUAAAAUGCAACCUGAUAAUGAUCCAGUUAUCGAAGAAAAGAACCCACUAGCCACAAAAUUAGCCCUGUUUUUAGAACUAUCACCCCAGAUGAAUAAUUUUGACUGCUUUAUGACACUAGACUCUGAACAGGCUAACACAUUACUGAAAAUGAUUAUUAUAUCCCUUGAAGAUGUGUUUUAGUAUUAGUUACAACAGAUGAAAGAAUCUUAGUAUCCUGUUUAUCCAUUAAUUGUAUGUUAUAUUCAAUUUAUUGUUUGAUAACAGUAAUAAGUGUAACUUAUUUAUGUCACCAAUUAUAUGUCUAUAUUAUUUGUUUA